AUGUCCCCAUUAUCUGCCACAGCACCAUUCUUCUCCAUGGCCGAAAUCAGAACUCCUGUCAGACAGCCUUUGAGGCCCUCUAAUAGGGUCAUUCUGGAGUCCACGGGGCUCUGUAAGCUCCAACUUUCACCAAAAAGGGAAAACCGUACCAGACCUCUUCCAGCACUGCCUAAGGUCACCAGCAAAAGACUGAUUCUCAAUGUCCAUCCUCCACAGCCAGAACCAGCUAGGUCUCCGUCAAGAAAUGAAAUUUUGGCAAAGUAUGCUCAGAAACAGGCGAAGCUCAUGGAACUCGAAAACCAAGCCGAGCUUGUGAGAUACGAAAUAGUGGAGCUUCAGGCACAGCUCCAGGCGUCUGAAAAACCAGAAAAUCAGGCAUUCACAGAGGUCAGAAACCUUACAAAAAAAGUAUCAACGAUGUUCCAGGCUCCACAGCCUGCGCUCCGGAAAAGGGCUUCCAACAUCUUCGCCUCAGAACCAGCAGCCUUGAAGCAAAAAGCGUCUUUCAUCUUGAACAACCGUUUUUUGAAUGACGUGAAAGAGAAAAUGGACCAGCAGCAGGCGGAGCUCGAGGAAUUCACGAAAAAAGGGUCCAACUUUGCCCGCAAUUUCUUGGGCUUCAAGAAGGAAGAAAAGGACGUUGCUGAUUCGUCGUUCAUGUUUGAAAACCUCCAGUCCGAGCCCGUCGACACCAACAAGUCCAUUCUUCUCAGUGAGGAGCUGGACUCCUCCUUGGUGGUGGAUGCAUAUGUAUCAGACGAUGAGGACUACGACCUGGACGAGUCUGUGCUUCACUCGAGGUAG